AUGUUCUCUGGUCAGCAUAGAGAUAUUUGCUCUGACCGAGGGUGUGAAAACUGUCGGGAAUUAUCUGAAAACGUUCACUGUACUUGCAUUUCCAAUAUCAAACGGUCAAAGCCGUCGUCUGAUACUAGCACACCUGUCGAUCAAAAGAAAAAGCGCCUGCAUAAUAAUAGCUCUCCAGUUUCUAUGGAGAAGAAAAACUGCAUUGAUACAUUUACUUCUUGGUCAAAUGGAGACCAAGUCGACUUCAUUUGCAACCUGUUGUCGAAAAUUUCUCACUUUCAACAAAGUCAAAUCAAUGAUUUCCUAGAACCUCUCCUAAAGCGUGAUUUUAUUGUUGCGCUCCAAAAUCGCGGUGUUCCUUAUCUUGCUGAGAUGAUUUUAGUCCAGCUAGAUGCAUCUAGUCUUCUUUCAGUUGAACUCGCUUCUAGAGGAUGGCAGUGGAGUGUUGCAAAGUAUCAACUGUGGCGUCGUCUACUAGCUUGUCGUGUAGCUACUGAUCCAGUUUGGCAUGGGCUGUGUGAACGUAGAGGAUGGAUUGAAUUUAUUGACCACUCUGAUCCAGCUUAUUUACCUGCAUUGCUCGAGCGACGUCGGGUCCCCAUAGGUGUUAGGCACAAACUAACCGAAUUCUCCCCAUUCCUUGAUAGUAAUUCUUGCAUGGAAUGUGAAGCAUCAAAACUUUCUCCGAAACUAGAAUCAACUGUUAGUGUAAAUCGUCAGCAAUCUCUAGUAUGCCAGUGUCAUUCAGACAUUCAACAUUCCUUAAUAUAUCCUACUGAUACACACUCCUACGUAUCGAGAACUCAAAGUAUCCCAUUUUCAAGAGAUUCUACAACUGAUGCAUCCAACACACCUAGUUGUUCUUUAAGCCCAUAUAAUGCGAAUGAUGGAUUAAAUCAUCGGCUUGUGAGCGCAACUUCUUUUUCCAUGGAGACAGAUCUACAUGAUGCACUCUCUUACGAAACAGUUAUGUUUGCCCAUCGCUUCUACAAACAACUUUAUCCUCGCAUAAUUCGUGAUAUAGCACGCGUCGAAGAUAACUGGACCCGUGGUCAGUAUCAUUUAACUCGGAUACCAUGUCGAAGCGAUGUCACAAAAGGCGUUUAUUGUCUUCAGUAUGAUAAGCAUAAAAUUGUUAGCGGUCUAAGAGAUGAUACUAUUAAGGUGUGGCAAAGAAUUCCAAACAUUUGUGCAAUUAAUAAAAAUAAAGGAUCUAGUUCUGAUUGUACUACUACUCUCAAUCCUGAUGAGUCUGGGCAUAAAGUCAGGGUGAGAAGUGACGCUCCUACGGCUGCAGGAGCAGCUGUUGAAGCACCAAAUCAAGAAGGUUUCAAUGCAGCAACAUGUUCCGACGGUUACCAUUGUACACAAGUCCUUGAAGGACAUUCAGGUUCCGUUCUAUGUUUGCAAUAUAUCGGGAAUUUGCUGAUCAGUGGUUCCAGUGAUACAACAGUUCGUUUAUGGGAUUUAUCCACUGGAUGCUGUUUAAAUGUUAUUAAUCAUCAUGCUGAAGCUGUGCUGCAUUUACGGUUUCGCAAUAAUAUUCUAGUAACAUGUUCAAAAUGCAUUUAUGCAAAUAUUUGUUUUCAUUUUCAUAUAAUAAUAAAUCAAUAUGUUGAUAAAUAG